UGAAUGAACACGGCCGCGAUCGUGUUAGACAUUCCCUAUAAUCUAUAUAUACAGUUGGCGUCACGUUCACAUGCAUGCCAUAAAAUAAACACAGAGUUGACACCGACACGCCGGGACAGGCAAAUGUUUUCUUCUCGUCGGCAGUGCCCGGCUGGAGCUUGAGAGACGCGGACACACGCAGACGUGCGCACACAAUUCUUAAACUCUGUUAUUGCCCUUGCAGCAGGUCAAUUUGACUUUCAAAGUUUUUGCUUGUUUGAUACGAAUAUUAGUUUUAAUAGCAAAUAAAUUUUGGCCUUGUCAACAAGUGCCUAUAGAGUUUUUUUUCUUUGUUGACCGCGUUCGUUCUAGGUGCUGCCUCUGUUUUUCUUUUCGAAUAUGUGUAUUUUCACUGCAGGGUGAAACGGAGAAGAUUUUAUCUCGUAAUUUGAGAAAAUGGCUGAAUCACAAAGAAAACAGUGUUUCACCGCUGUAAUACCUCAAGACGCAGUCGAGAUAAGGGUGACCAAUAUCAUCAAUCCAUAUUUUAUACGAAUCAAAGAGCUUCCAGAAGAUGGCAAGGACAAAACUAAAUUGUUUAAAAAGUUAUUUGAAGUUAAGAGCUCUCAAAUCAAAGAAAAAUCACAUGAACAUUAUACUCCGUCAGUUGGAGAUGAUGUAUUAAUAUCAUCGGAACGAUUGACUAAUAUGGACAUAGAUCUACCAGAUUGGAUUUGCAGAGGUGUCAUAACUGAUACAACAAAAAGAACAUCCGAUGUGUUUUUAUUGGAUCAUGGCAUUGCAAUUAAUGUGCCAACAGAGUCGCUCAUCAAAUAUUCUCGAAAUGCAGUUGAUAUUGAACCAUUAACCAUGACCAUAGGUCUUUAUAAUAUUUUACCAAUAGAUCCUACAGCUUGGAAAAUAGUGGAACAGUGGCCUGACAGCACAGUGAAUUUUAUUAAAGACCUGAUCCAAACCUCGGUGAAAAUUUAUUUUGCUGUUUUAGCUUGUGAUAGAAAGAAAAAAAAAAAAUAUGGGGAUAUUUAUUUAGUAAUAGAAGACAAAAAUGUUAGUUUAAUUGAAAUAUUAACACUAUGUUCACUGGCAGUUCCACUUUACCCUGAAUUACUGAGUGCCAUAAAAAGUAACAAUACAACAGAGGAAAUGCUGGUGCCAUACCAAAUAGGGAAACUAAAAACGGACACAAGCAAAGAAUCAACUGUAAAAACAGCUGCUUAUAAUAAUGAGCAUCCACGAAUCUCAGUAAAAAAUUAUGUAAACAAAGACAAACUUAUGAAUAAUAAAAAGAUAUUAAUCAAGACCAAAAGACCAUGUCGACCUGUGGAACAUUUAGAAGACGCACAGUUCACUACUGCUAUUCAUAAAGCUCUUAAAGAUCAAGGUGUUCGAGCAUUAAAACAAAUUCAAUCAUACAUGUGGCCUGCCAUCAAACAAGGAUUUGAUACAGUAGCUAUCGGUCCUCAUGAAGCAGGUAAAUCUGUUGGAUACAUUGUACCAAUUGCUAAUAAUAUUGCUGUCGAUAAAGAGCUCAUUAUAGAAAAGCAGAAGAAAGAAAUAGUAACAAAGCCGAUAGCAUUGUUUUUAUGUGCGACAAUAAAAAAGUGUAUUGACGUUGCUGAUAUGUGUGAUAAAGUUUUAAAUCACGAGAAAGUUAAAUAUUCAGCUAUGUAUAAUGGUUUAAGUGAUAAAAUUGUGAUGGCUAAUAUUUGCAAUAAGUUUCAUAUUCUUGUUACAACACCACCAUUUUUAUUGAGAACAAUUGAAAAAUAUUCCAAUAAAUUGGACCUCUCAGAAGUAUCUCAUUUAGUCAUAGAUCAGGCUGAUGCUUUGUUGGAUAAAUAUUUCACUGAGUUAAUUACGCUAAUAAGAAAGUAUAAAAUUAUUAAUAAAGAAAAAAAGAAUGGUUUUCAAAAUGGAUCAGUGCAAAUUAUAGCUGCUGCACAUAAUUGGACUCAUAAAAUCAGAUUAUUUGUGGAGAAAUUUAUGGAAGAUCCUUACAUAUGUAUAGGAUCAUUUGUUGAAGCUGCUGCAUUUUCCAGGGUUAAAGGAAGGAUGCUUAUUCGCCAUUCCGAGAAAAAAAAGGAAGAAGUUUUAAAUAUUUUGGAUGAUUAUUCUGUAAUAAAAACAAUGAUAGUUUGCUUAAACAAGGAAGAGGCUGUAAAAUUAGAUUAUUUUCUUGUCUCUAAAUCAGUCCAAACAUUAUUAGUUCAUGAAGAAAUGUUAAUUACUAAAGUAAAUGAAUUAAAAGAAGUUUGGCAUAAAUACUUAUCUGGAAUGUAUCCUGUCAUUAUUUGUACUGAUCAAGUUUUAUUAGAUUUAGAAAUUUCGAAUAUAGAAUUAUUGAUUCAUUACUCUGUAACAAAUACUUCAAAAACUCUUUUUGGUAGAAGAUUUUCAGUCCUCAUGGAUAAUUGGCUGAUGGAGUCUCAAACUGAUUGUAGAGUUAUAAUUUUAUUCGAUGAAAGUAAGGGAAAUAAGCAUUUUAAAGGAGUCGUAGAGAUUUUAAAAAGGCUGAAUGUCACAUUACCCGAGGAUUGGAAGCAAAUAGCAGAGGGACUAGAUUUAGCUUAUAACAUGACGAUAAAAAAUCAUCCUCUGUGUGAUUCAAUCAAAUCAUUUGGAACUUGUGAAAGAAACUCUUGUUCUUACAGGCAUUGCAUAAUAUCAGAGGUGGAUACUCCAACAUUGAACGCGACUAUAGGAGACGAGCUAAAGCUGGAAAUUACUCAUGUACAUCAUGCCUCACACUUUUCAGCUCGAGUAUAUGAAUUUAUAAGAAAGAAUGAAAUUACAGGAAAGAAUGAAAGUUUUUCUUAUCCGUUUGAAGCUUUCAAAUUGGACAUCGCCAUGAAGAAACAUUAUAAAGAACCACAAAAUAGGCGAGGUGUAAAAGAUAUUUGCGUUGGCGGAUUUUACACUUAUAGAAAACCUGAAAAGGAUUAUGCAAGGGUACAAGUACAAAGUAUUGUCGAGAAAGAUAUCAAAACAGAUAAACCAAAGAAAGUACGAGUUCAAUCUUUAGAUGAUGGACAAAUAUUUCCACAAGUUUAUGUUUCAGAGUUGUUUGAAUUGCCACAAGAACUACUCAAAUAUAAAUGUACAGUCGUUGAUAUUUUCUUAACUGGUAUUGCACCAUUUGAUCAUGAAUAUGAGUGGACUAAUCUUGCUACUGAAGUAACUAAGCAAUGGAAAAAUAAAAACUGCAAUAAUGAGCGGGACGAGUAUGCUUAUGUUAAGGUACUUUUGCACAUUGGAAAUUGUAUUUGGACUGAUUCUGUAGUUUGUCGUUCUAAAAUAAUAAAUCAUAAAGACUUGGUAAGCUCGACUUUGAACGAUGAUUUAAUAAAAAAAGAGCUUGCUACUAGCAAUGAUGACCAUUUAUCGACUCUUUUAACUAUGUGUUACAAUGGCGGUAUAACAGAAAUAAACGGCCGUCCAAUUGUAAUACCAAAAAAAGAAAAAGCGGAAACUGGAUCUAUAGACGAAUGUGACUGAACUUUAGUCUGUCCUAAGAUAAUAGGAAAUUGAAUUGAGUCAGAAGAAAUUUAUCACAUGAAAAGACACUUGUGAUAUUGUCAAUAUAAAGUUCU